AGGCGAGCAAGUGUGUGACGCGUCAACCAACACGCGUGCGCCGUUUCCGCGCUCCGUCUCUCAUCAUCAUCGAUACAGCGGAUUCGAUUGUAUUAUCGCCAUCGGCAACACCUGAUUUUAUCGCGCGGAGAGCAAUCGCGAACGGACACGCGACUUUUCUCGCGAUUUCGAUAACGCGCCUCGAGAACCUUCGGGCCCGCAAACAUUCUAAACAAAUAGUCACGCUUCCUCCGCGUACCGCUCCGGAGUAUCGAUUUUCGAAAUUUUCGAGUGAAGGUCGUCCGAUCGACACGAUCACCCGGAAAAGCUCCACUCGAGAAACUUGCUUUCGCGCAUCCGUUUUUCUCGAGUGUAUCUCGCGAUACUCGAUUGUGCGCGCGCGUGCAACGGUUUUUAUGAUCAUUGUCCUCGAGAGGAGAAAGAGGAAACGCGGGGGAAAAAGCUGACGAAGGAAACCGCGAUAAAGUGAGAGGACAAGGGAAAUCAGACGGUUCCGUUGACGUCGAAACCUGAGAGCAUAACGGACGAGGAAAUCCCCUGCUAUUUGGUGGCGAAACGCCAAGGAGGUGGAUCCGUCGUCGUCAGUUUGUUGACCCCGAGGCGAGUGCUCUCCGUGGCGUCGAAGGUGAUUUUCUCCUCGAGGGCGUUUUCGAACUGAGAUCCCGGUGUUUCCGACGAGUCUGUUCCUCGAGCACGCGUCGUCGCUUCGCCAAGCGCGCGGAUCUGCUCUCAGCGACUCUGAACGAAGAGAUGCGGUAACGGACGACGAUGUUGUCGAACGCGAGUUACGGCAGGCAGCCGAGCGCGUCGCCGACCAGAGGUUGCCUCUGGUUACUGUGGCUCGGACUGUUCGCGAGCUUGGUCUCGCCGAGUCUCUCUUUCGUCGACACCUCCUGCUGCCCCGAAGGAACGGUAUGGGAACGCUCGGCCAAUUGCUCGGACGGCUCAAGGAUCCAGUUGGAUUGUCCGUUCGGCAUCUUCAUCAUCGACCCUGAACUGAGCGAGCGGGACAACUUCUCUAUUCAUCAUGACGAUACUACCGCGUGGCUGCACAUGCAUGUCGAUGACCUUAAGAUCCCGGCAGACAUGUUCUGUGUCACCAAGUCGAAACGAAUCAGCAGAAACGACAUCGCCCUGACAUGCUUCGACGAGGACCUGAUAAACGACGGUUCCCCGAUGGUGUGGAAGAACAUCUUGGUAUGCAUCGUCAGCAUCAUCUCGGCCAUCUUCCUCAUCGCCACCUUGGCGGUUUACGUGAUAUUGCCGGAACUGAGGGAGCUUCAGGACAAGGCGAUGAUGGCCGCGGUUACCACCCUGGCGGUCAGUUACACCGUCCUCUCGGUCCAGCACCUGCGGCCGACGAUGAACGGCGAUUACAACAUCUGCGUCACCCUCGGUUUCAUCCUGUACUUCGCCUUCAUGUCCGCGUUCUUCUGGCUGAACAUCGUGGCAUUCAACGUGUGGCGCGCCGUAUGGUUCAAGAACUUCAGGGUGAGGGAGCAGUCGCUUUUCUACUCUUACUGCGUCUGGGGAUGGGGUGGCCCGGCAUGUUUCUUGAUCGCCGCGCUGACGAUGCAUCUAAUAGAUGGUCAUCACCUGAAGCCCGGCUUCGGUGACGCCAGUUGUUGGUUCGGCGGCGCCAGGCAGACGUGGGCGUACUUUUACGGGCCGGUCGCUAUUCUGCUAACGUUGAACAUUAUCUAUCUUGGGCUGACCAGCUGGCGUCUGUGGCACCAGUAUCGCGAUUACACGGGCAGCAAGCUGCGAGUAUUACGAUUCAAAUGUUUGCUGUACAUCAAGCUGGUGCUCGUCAUGGGCAUCACCUGGAUCUUCGAGGUGAUAUCGUUCGCCGUAGACACGAACAUGGACGAGUUCUGGAUACCGACGGACCUGUUGAAUGGUCUUCAAGGAUUUGUCAUAUUUCUGCUCCUGGUGGCGACGCGGAAAAGAGUGAGGAAGCUGUUGGCGAAGAAGCGGCCUUGCGGUAUCGGUUUCCCGAAAUCCUGGGCGGCUUACGAGGACGAGGAAUGCGAGGCUGUGCUGCCCGAGGAGCUCGAGCUGUCCCAGCAAGGAUAACGCGUGCGCUUUUGCGCAGCUAGUCCCCCCCCCCC